GUAAUUCUCCUUUUGCUUGACUCCUUUGCCAUAUGAUGGUUCCGCGUUGCUUCUCUUUCUUUUUCACCUUGGAGUCUUUUUAGUUGCGUUCAUUAUUCACUUUUUUUUCCUACUGUGUUACAGACUCAACAUCACAAAACCUUCUUGUUCUCUGUUAUGGCUUCCUCUUCCUCUGCUUCUGCUUCCUUAACUCAAGCAAAGCAUCAUGUUUUCCUGAGUUUUAGAGGUGAAGACACACGCAAUACCUUCCUCAGUCACCUAUAUGAAGCUUUGAAAGGAAAAGGGGUUGGAGCUUAUGCUGAUUUCAAAGAACUUCCAAGGGGAGAGGAAAUUUCUUCCGCACUGUUGGAAGCAAUCGAAAAAUCAAUGAUUUCCGUAAUAGUUUUUUCUCAGACGUAUGCUACUUCAUCAUGGUGCUUAGAUGAACUCUCCAAGAUAAUGGAAUGCAGGGAUUCACGAGGACAACUUGUGGUACCCAUUUUCUACCAUGUUAACCCAUCCGAUAUACGAAAACUAAAAGGGAGUUUUGAAGAAGCUUUUGUUGACCAUGAAAGAAACAGGAUAGACAAGGUUAAGGGGUGGAGACUCGCUUUGACUAAAGCUGCCGGUUUAAGUGGGUGGCACAUUGCUGGAGAUAAGCCUGAGCCCACAGUCAUUGAGGAUAUUGUUAAAGAUAUUGUAAACAAGUUGGAUCGGUUGUCUAAAGGUGAUUGCGAAGGACUCAUUGGAAUAUUUCCUCGUAUGGAGCAAAUCAAAUCACUGUUGUGCAUUGGAGGGGAGGAUGUUCGUAUUAUUGGGAUAUGGGGAAUGCCUGGUAUAGGCAAAACAACUCUUGCUCAAGCUAUAUAUGAUGAAGUCCGUGGUCAAUUUGAAAGUUAUUAUUUCUUGGCAGAUGUUAGAGAGAAGUUAGAAACACCUGUUGCAAAUGCAAUCACUCUGCGGGAUCAACUUCUUUCCCAAUUAUUAAACCAGCACGGCCUCCAUAUCGGUACUCCUAGAAUGCCCUUUCUCAUUAAGGAUAGACUCCGUCGUAAGAAAGUUCUUCUUGUCCUUGAUGAUGUCAAUGAUUGGGACCAAUUAGAAAAAUUAGAAAUUAGCCAUGACCACUUUGGUUCUGGUAGUAGAAUCAUUAUAACAUCCAGAAACAAACAAGUCCUUAUAAAUGGAUCAGUUGAUGAAACGUACAAGGCUAAGGGAUUAGGUUACAAUGACUCCAUUAAGCUUUUUUCGCUGCAUGCCUUCAAGCAAAACGGCCUUGUUGAUGAUUAUAAGGAUGUAUCAAAUAAGUUUUUGGAAUAUGCUAAAGGCGUUCCGCUAGCUCUUAAAGUCUUGGGUUCUACUGUUUGUGAGAAGAACAAAGCAUAUUGGGAAAGUGCAUUGAAUAAAAAAGAGAACAAGCUUGGCAUGCAUGAUUUGCUACAAGAGAUGGGUAGGAUAAUUAUCAGUUCAGAAUCUCGAUGGGCAGAAGAAUGUAGUAGAUUAUGGAAUUCAGAUGAUGUUUGUAAAGUGUUAAAGAAGGGCAAGGGGACGAAAUCAGUGGAGGGAAUAUUAUUAGACCUGUCUCAAAUUAAUAAUGAAGUACAGUUACAUCCACGUGCUUUCGCAAGGAUGCCUAAUCUUAGAAUUAUCAAAUUCUAUGAUCCUACUUUUUCUGGGAAGGGAGGUAUGUUGGUUCCUUCGCACAAAGGUCUUAAAUCUCUUCCUGAUGAGUUAAGGUAUUUUCAUUGGGAGAAUUGCAUGCUGAAAUCUAUGCCGUCAAAUUUUAGUCCGAAGAAUCUUGUUGAAUUAAGAUUAAGUGGUCGCAAUUUUGAACUACUUUGGAAUGGAGACCAGAAUCUUGAGAAUUUAAGAGUGCUUGAUCUUUCGGAUUGCAAGAAUUUAAUCAGGAUCCCAAGUUUGUCAGCAUCCAAAAAUAUUGAACAACUGAAAAUUAGUGGGUGCGAAAGCUUGGUUGAACUCCCAUCCAUGGUUCAUUUGACAUCUCUUUGCUUUAGCCUACUCGGUUAUGGUUUAAAAAAUUUGAAGAAAUUUCCUGAGCUGCCACAGCAUAUCGAAGAGUUGACUUUAACAUGCACUGCAAUAUCUUUUUAUAUGUGUUCAUUAUUCACUUCUUUUUCCUACCGUGUUACAAACUUACAUCACAAAACCUUCUUGUUCUCUGUUAUGGCUUCCUCUUCCUCUGCUUCUGCUUCCUCUACUCAAGCAAAGCAUCAUGUUUUCCUGAGUUUUAGAGGUGAAGACACACGCAAUGCCUUCCUCCGUCACCUAUAUGAAGCUUUUAAAAGAAAAGGAAUUGGAGCUUAUGUUGAUUUCAACGAACUUACAAGGGGAGAGGAAAUUUCUCCCGCACUGUUGGAAGCAAUCGAAGAAUCAAUGAUUUCAGUAAUAGUUUUUUCGCAAAACUAUGCUACUUCAUCAUGGUGCUUGGAUGAACUCUCCAAGAUAAUGGAAUGCAGGGAUUCACGGGAACAACUUGUGGUACCCAUUUUCUACCAUGUUAACCCAUCCGAUAUACGAAAACUAAAAGGGAGUUUUGAAGAAGCUUUUGUUGACCAUGAAAGAAACAGGACAGACAAGGUUAAGGGGUGGAGAGAUGCUUUGACCAAAGCUGCCAAAUUAAGUGGGUGGACCUUUCAGGACAUGAGAUUGAGAGGCCUCAAUGGAAUAGUUCCACCUAUGGAGCAAAUCAAAUCGCUAUUGUGCAUUGAAGAGAAGAAGGAUGUUUGUAUUAUUGGGAUAUGGGGAAUGGCUGGUAUAGGCAAAACAACUCUUGCUCAAGCUAUAUCUGAUGAAGUCUCUGGUGAAUUUGAAAGUUGUUACUUCUUGGCAGAUGUUAGAGCGACGAUAGGAAAACAACGUGCAAAUGCAAUCACUCUGCGAGAUAGAUUUCUUUCCAAAUUAUUAAACGAGGACAGCCUCGAUAUCGGUGCUCCUAGAAUGCCCAUAUUCAUUAAGGAUAGACUUUGUCGAAAGAGAGUUCUUCUUGUCCUUGAUGAUGUCAGUGAGUGGGACCAAUUAGAAAAUUUAGGAAUUAGCCAUGACCACUUUGGUUCUGGUAGUAGAAUCAUUGUAACAUCCAGAAACAAACAAGUCCUUACAAAUGGAUCAGUUGAUGGAAUAUACAAGGUUAAGAAAUUAAGUCACAAUGACUCUAUUCGGUUCUUUUCAAUGUAUGCCUUCAAGCAAGACCACCUUGUUGAUGAUUUGAAGGAUCUAUCAAAUAAGUUUUUAGAAUAUGCUAAAGGCGUUCCACUAGCUCUUAAAGUCUUGGGUUCUGCACUUUAUCAGAAGAACAAAGCAUAUUGGACAAGUGCAUUGAAUGGAUUAAAGCAACAUUCCAAUCCGGAAAUUAACGAUGUGCUGAAGAUUAGCUAUGAUGGGCUGGCAGAUGUAGAGGAGAAGAUAUUUCUUGAUAUCGCAAUAUUCUUUAAAGGGUGUGGUAGAGAUAGUGUAACAAAAAUCCUAGACGGUUGCUAUGAUGACGCUGCUCAUUCUAAAAUUACCGACCUUGUUGAUAAAUGCCUCUUAAAUGUUACAAUAGAGAACAAGCUUGGCAUGCAUGAUUUGCUACAAGAAAUGGGUAGGGAAAUUAUCCGUUCAGAAUCUAAAUGGCCAGAAGAACGUAGCAGAUUAUGGACUCCAAAUGAUGUUUGUAACGUGUUAAAGAAUGGCAAGGGGACGAAAUCAGUGGAGGGAAUAUUAUUAGACCUGUCUCAAAUUAAUGAAGUACAGUUACAUCCACGUGCUUUCGCAAGGAUGCCUAAUCUUAGAAUUAUCAAAUUCUAUCAUCAUACUUUUUCUGGGAAGGGAGGUAUGUUGGUUCCUUCGCACCAAGGUCUUAAAUCUCUUCCUGAUGAGUUUAGGUAUUUUCAUUGGGAGAAUUGCAUGCUGAAAUCUAUGCCGUCAAAUUUUAGUCCGAAGAAUCUUGUUGAAUUAAGAUUAAGUGGUCGCAAUUUUGAACAACUUUGGAAUGGAGAUCAGAAUCUUGAGAAUUUAAGAGUGCUUGAUCUUUCGUUUUGCAAGAAUUUAACCAGGAUCCCAAGUUUGUCAGCAUCCAAAAAUAUUGAACAACUGGAAAUUAGUUGGUGCGAAAGCUUGGUUGAACUCCCAUCCAUGGUUCAUUUGAAAUCUCUUUGCUUUAGCCUAAGCGGUUGUGGUUUAAAAAAUUUGAAGAAAUUUCCUGAGCUCCCACAGCAUACUAAAAGGUUGAUUUUAACAGACACUGCAAUAGAAGAAAUUCCGGAGUCAAUCGGGUUUCUCCAUCAACUUGCUUUUUUGGAUAUGAGUGGUGGCCGAAUUCAUAAUCUUCCAAGCACUAUUAUUCAGUUGCAUGCCCUUAAAGACAUCCGACUCUGUGAUUGCCCAAACAUCACAAAUUUUCCGAUUGUUCCGGCGAAGAUAGAGGUCUUAUAUUUGGAUAACACUCCAGUAGAAGAAUUUUGGACUGGAGACCAGAAUCUUGAGAAUUUAAGAGUGCUAGAUCUUCGGUUUUGCAAGAAUUUAACGAGGAUCCCAAGUUUGUCAGCGUCCAAAAAUAUUGAACAACUGGAAAUUAGUGGAUGCGAGAGCUUGGUUGAACUCCCAUCCAUGGUUCAUUUGAAAUCUCUUCUCUCUCGCCUAAGAGGUGAAGGGUUAACAAAUUUGAAGAAAUUUCCUGAGCUCCCACAGCAUAUUGAAGAGUUGAUUUUAACAGGCACUGCAAUAGAAGAAAUUCCGGAGUCAAUCGGGUUUCUCCAUCAAUUUGCAUUUUUGGAUAUGAUUGGUGGCCGAAUUCGUAAUAUUCCAAGCACUAUUAUUCAGUUGCAUGCCCUUAAAGACAUCCGGCUCCGUGAUUGCCCAAACAUAAAAAAUUUUCCGAUUGUUCCGGAGAACAUAGAGAUGUUAGAUUUGGAUAACACUCGAAUAAAAAAAGUGCCUUCAUCAAUCUCAAGGCUUAAAAGCCUUACUGCAUUCAGGAUGCGUGGCUGUACAAGGCUUAAAAGGCUUCCAACCAGCAUUUGUAAGUUAAAAUCUCUUAUCUAUUUUGAUCUCUAUGGCUGUUCAAACUUAGAGCGUUUCCCAGAAAUAUUAGAGACUAUGGAAUGUCUAGGCUAUCGUGGUUCAGAGGAAACAGCCAUAACAGUGUUAUCCGCGGAUAUAUAUCGGCGUGUCUCUUUGGAAUUUUUGAAUCUAUCUGGAUCAGAUAUAGUGGAAAUUCCUAAGAGUAUCAAACAACUUCCUAAUUUAUGUUCUCUAUGUUUAAACAAUUUCAAGAACCUCAAACCAUUGCCAGAACUUCCAUGUUUACAAAUUUUAGAGGCAGAAAACUGCAAAUCUUUAAAGAGAGUUCACCAAUGGAAACAUCUGCAAUAUGUGGAAGCUCGGACAUAUAAAUUACUUCGUCGUUCAUUAAUUCCUCAAUCGGACGACGAUUUUUUUGAAUUCCAUAAUUGCUUCAAUCUGGAAAGGGAUGCAGUCAACAACAUUGUGGCUAAUGCUCAGCUUAAAGCUCAAUGUACGGAAAAGGUGGAUGCGAUUGGAUCUUUUGUAGCUGCUGAUCGUGCUUAUAGUAACUGUUUCUUUUCUUGUUUCCCUGGAAGUAAAAUUCCAAAGACAUUCAAGAAUCGGAGUAAAAAUUCUUCAAUAACUGUCAAGUUGGGUCCAGCUUGUUCUAGUAAAAGAAUUUUGGGCUUUCUUCUAUGCAUUGUGUUAAUUUUAAGCGCCCUCAUAAAUUCAAACAUUUCGAUGUUGAUUGCAAAUGUCUAUUAACAACAGAGCGCCGUGACUGUGAUCCUCUCAAAUUUACUCAUGAUUGCAAUUGGAAUUUCCCUUUCUGGCGAAGCUUUGAUUCGAAUCAUGUGAUCCUUUUUGGUAAUGGUUUUGGAAGUGAAAUCAAUGAAGCAUCAUCCAUCAGCGAGCAUUUUGAUGAGGCCUCCAUUGAAUUCUCCGUUAAAGCUGAGGAUUUUAAUUCCAAUAUUGAGCAUAUCAAAGUGCGAAAAUGUGGUGUCAAAGUAUUAUAUGAGGAUGCUGUCAGACCCAAUGACAAAAAGGUUGCGUUCAGCACUAAUUACAGAGCUAAUGAUGAGGAAGGCCUUGAUGAUCCUACGACUACAACGAGACCUAGGCACAAAAGACGUUUUAGCUCUGAUAUUAUUUAAAGUCCAGGCAAUUCAGUUCCAAAGCUUUGGUUUCAGUUGAUGCUUUUCCUAGGAUCCCUAAGAGCAGUUGGAAUGUGAAAGCAAGGUCCCCUCUCCCAUAAAAGAUCAUGGAUGUUUCAAGUGUCUCUUUGUCACCAAUAGAAAGGGUUUUCAGAGAAAUAUUGGGUUUUCAAGUCUAGGUUGUGACAAAUGUAAUUUUUUUCCCCCCAAAUUAAUUAUGUGCUACCUUUUCAAGCUAAAUUACAGAGUUUGACUUCAAUAUGAUGUUAUGAAGCUAGAGAUUUGCAUCCCUUUGCUACUUACUACAUGCUAUGGCUGCUGCCUCUACAGUUGUAGAUCAUCAAGGUAAAUGAGCUUCUAUAACUAGUCGAAAGUGCAAGUUUUCCUUUUUCUUUUUUUCUUUUUUUUCAGAAAAAUUAUAUGAAGCAUAACAUGAAAUCUUUAACUAUCAUGUGGUCUUGAAUCGUAAUCAAUUUCAGUGCUUGCUUAAAGCUACAUCAGUGAUGUAGUAAGUUUAUAUCAUCUGAUAGUCAGAACUUUGUCGUUAUCAUCUCACAGUAGAAAAAAUAGAUCACACUUGCACCAUUAUUGAGAAUUGGGGAAAUAAAAACAAAAAGAGAGAAAAAAAAAGGAAACUAGAGUUUUUUUUUUUUUUUCAAUAAAAGGUUAUUUUAACAUCUUUAAGGAAAGUCUGAAACUUAUUUACCUAAAUGGGAUACUCAUGCUAUGUCAUUUUUUUUUUGUUUUCCUUUUACAUACAAAAUACAAGGGAUUACACUUUCUCUGCUUCGAUGCUUUAACUCUCCUUCAAUCAAAUAACAGUGGCAAGUAUGAAAGGGAAAAAUUUAGGUGGGUUCUUCAUUUAUGUGCUUCAUCUCUCUUUUUCUUUUGGGGAUUUGUUGUUGCCUUGAAAUUAAAUUCCCAAACUCUUCAUCUAUAUGCUUAAUUCCAUCAUAGUUUUGAAUUAUAGUUUUUGGGGUUUAUAGUUUUGAAUUGUAGAUUUUUGGGUUUAUGUAGUAGAAACAGCAAUCACUUGUGUGGACUCGGGUUUUAUAUUUAGGUUGAACUAAUUUUGUUAAGCUUGUUAAAUGGGGUAGGUGAACUUGAGUGUUGCUAUAAUUCGUAUGUCACAUCAGUUUGGGUGGAAUUCAUCAGUAGCUGGAUUACUGCAACCACCAUUCUUUUGGGGAUAUGCAUUGAGUCAAUUGCCAGGGGUUUGCUAGCGAAGCUUUUUGGUGGAAGGCAUUAAUGAGCUGCUACCAUCACUAGUUAGGAUGCUACCUGAAUUCUAUGGUUUGGGCUACUUUUAAGGCUACACAUUACUUGAUUGUGUAAGCACAUUACUUUGAUGCCUUGUUGAAGAUGGCCAACUGUAUGGCCUAGGUUUAGUUGGAUAUGGCAAAUGCGGACUGAAACUAAUUCUAAUGUAGUUGGUUUAAUUGGACAUGGAAAAUGCACUGAACUUCAAUUGUGCUAACAAUACUAGCCGUUGGGUUGGUUGUGAUGUUUGUUGCUAUUGGUGCUAUGCUGCUUGUGGUAUGCAGAGGAACCUUAAUCAAGCCAAGUCAUAGCUUAAAGGGGCCAUCUGGUACUACUGAAAUGUAAUUUCACUUCAUGGGAUGUGGUCAUGCUUCAGCAACGCUUGGGUUUAUUAAGGAUGUGUUUUUAUGCUGUGCAAAGGACUGGGGUCCAGAAACACUAACAAAGGAGCUUGAUUGUGUAAAGAAGAUUUUCAGGGGCAGUGAUGAUUCAAAGGGCAAGGAGCUGCAUAUCAAAGCUGAUGAGCUAUUCACCCGGCUCAAAAAUAAAAUGAUUCUGCUACAGAUUUAUACAGCAUCGUUAUUCGGUUCUUCAAUUUGAAUGAAGAUGCAAAUGAUUGGUUGAAGCAAAGGAUGGCAAAACACAGUUCCAAGGCAGAGGAUAAAACAGAGUCCUAAGGCAAUGCCAAAACUCCAAAUGAAGCAAUUUAAGCUAAACCAGAGGUAAAGAGAUCAAAUGCAAUCCUAACAAGAUCCAGCCCAGCUUUCCUCGCGAUUCGACUAGGCUCACCUUGAAGCUGAGUUUGUCAUUGCUAUUAUUCAAAGAUGCUUGCACUGAGAAAGACAACGGUGAACAUUAGUAUAUACUGACUACAAUGGAAGUUUUAGCCCCGAUGAGGUUGGAAAAGGAGCAGCCGUUGAGAAAUUGGAAGCAAGGACAAUAAGGAUGCCAUUUUCCCGACGUUGGUGAAUCAAUGAUUGAAUGAGAUGGCUGAUAAUAGGAAAAGACCAUGGUGACCCUUCUACUCAAAUGAAACCAGGAUGAAAUUGAAGUUUUUGCAGUAAUAGGAGGGAUGACCAAGCCUUUAAAGAGCUUCAACUUUUCUUUGAGAUUCUUUGCUUUAUGCCUGGUGCUUCAACUGAGACUUCAAGGCACUACAAGUUCUCGACAAACCUGUCCUUUCUAGAUCUUAUUCAUUAUGGUUCAUCAUGAAUUUUAACUAUUUUAAGUUCUUCUGUGUCUUCCCCGAAACUAUUAUAGUAUUUUUCUGUAAUGAAUGAUCAUUUUCUACCUUGUUAUCGGCUCACUUUGUAGUAU